ACGUUUCUGUCCCUCCUCCUUUUUCCUCCUCCCUCCUUGUCUCUGUUGUUUUCUCUGUUGCCUCAUCUGACACAGGAAUAUGAGCCGACCAUCUACCACCCUAAACGCUCCUCUCAAAGUCUACACCAGGACUUCACAGUUCAGUGUGAGAAGAUGGACAUCCCUUCCCUCUCCUAUCUCCCCACAGAGGUGCAGCUCAUAAACGAUGCCUACAACCUAGUGAUUGAUGCCAUGCUGGGCCCAGAUACAGACUGCGCCAACAUUAAGGAGCCAUACCCCGGUAUUCUGGUCACCCUGAAGCAAAUCAAGGUCCCUAUUGCUAGUGUGGAUGUGCCCUCAGGUUGGGACGCAGAGGAACCGAGUCAAGAUGGGAUUAACCCAGAAGUUCUCAUCUCACUCACAGCGCCAAAGAAGUGCGCCAUGAGUUUCUCCGGGAAGCAUUUUUUGGCCGGACGCUUCUUGCCCUAUGACAUCCAGAAAAAAUACGACCUUAACCUCCCGGACUACCCUGGCACAGACUGUAUCAUAGAAUUGUAACACAUGGGGAAAAUAAGAUCCAGUGUCCGCUCCUCAUUUUCAAAAAUGUUAGGUUGAUCUAUUCUCUUGUUUUGUACUUUAUGGAUUGUUAAUGUGAUUUAAUGUUAACAGUUGGGUAAAUCACGCUACACCUUAGCUAAAUGUUGAGCUGCAGUAGAAGGAUCAUUUUUAGAAGCUGUGGUUUGAGUCAAGUCCUUUCAGAGAAUGGCAUGAGGAGUAUUUGUGUCAGUCUACUUGUGAAAGCUGUAGCACUACACUGAUUAAUUUGCUAAAUAUGUUCACUUCUUUUGUUCACAGUCAGCAAAGAAAUAUGAAUUUUCUAUGAUGCGAGCCACUGGGAUGUUUUUUUCUUUAACAAUUUUUUAACGUUCUUCUCAUGUUGAACUUUUUACUGAAUUGUGCUAACGAGAUAAGAUGUUGUGCAGAUUGGUCAUUUUGAACUUUCUGUUGAUGUGUUUCUGGUUUGUUUGGAGUUACUUUUGUCUAUGUUAUUUCAUCAGCUGUAAAAGGCACAGACCGUUCUUGUUGUCCAAUAAAAACAAAAGAAAACCCUUCAAGGAUUCAA